UGCUGCGGGAUGCGGGAAGCGGCCGACGGUCGGGGCGCCCUGCGGGAGCGGCGAGGCGCGGAGGAGGCCGGCUCGCCGCAGCAGAACCACCAAGUGCGGCCGCGGGCCGGGGCGCCGCAGUUGCCGAAGCACUCGUACUGGCUGGACGUGUGGCUCUUCGUCCUCUUCGACUUGCUCUUCUUCCUCUUCGUGUACUUGUUGCCCUGAUUGAUUUGCUUGAUGCCUAAAUGAAGAAAUUGGCUUCUGAAGUAAUGCGACUACAAACUUCUACAACAUAGAAGACAAACAAGAUUGUGCACUAAGAUUUCAAAGUUUUGACUUUUUAUUUUCUAUAUUAUUACGUACUGGGGACCAUAUUAAAUAGAUAAACUGGACUGUUACUUAUAUUUGAAAACAUCACACAUCUAUCUGACUUUACUGAAUAUAAAACUAUAAAAAUUUAGUAUAUUCUUUUUAAAAACAGUAACAUUUGCGAGUACGGAACAAAAUGAAAAUUUAUGAUCCAUAUUACCUCAGUUAAAAAAGAAGUAAAAUGGGUGGGGGAGAUUUUCUUUUUAACAUUUCAUUGUUUUCUAGUGUUUAACAUGAUAAGGUAAAGGGAA